AUCAAGAUAGGGAUAUUUCAAGUAUUGGUAUUCUCCUUGCUUCGAGAUUAACAGCUUCAAAUCUCCUUGCCACAUUUGGAACGCCGACAAUUCAAGUUCUGUGACGUUGAUUGAUAGAGAAUACUUUCACGAUUCCAGAUUUGUGGCUUCUAUCAAUAUCAGAUGGCACGAGCGCGGUAUGAUAACAACGGAAGGCCCAUAUUUGAGCUGCCGUACAUUCCGCUCCCGGAGAAGAUUCCCGAAGGCCUUACUCCAGACUUAGUGACAAGAUUCCGCUACGGGCUUCGGCGAUAUCUUCUUCUUGAGCAUUUGUGGACGGUCCAACUUGGCACAAUAUAUGUGCGAAACCACAGAAACAUUGUCCAUGCACACGCCUUUUGGUCGGAACAUGGCCCGCGGACAUGGGAAGGGAAGCAGUACGGUUUGACGGAGACCUGGAUCACUAAUGCGAUGUUGAAGGCCAAAUAUGAAUUGAUCGGCUUGGUUCGCACUAGCAGGCUUCGCACUUUAAUAAAUGCUAGGCUAAACGAAAGAUCAGAAACCACACCUCCACAGAUAUCAGGAAAGGCCCAGGAACCCAUAUCUCCACGGAAUUGCGGUGGCAAGUCAGACUCCACUAGUAAAGAAGAAGAUGUUGAGUCAUAUUCAUCGGGUCAGAACUUGAUGGAACUCCGAGCAUCUCGACGGGGGUAUUGGAGCCGACCAUCGUUUCCAGCUUCGUCCCUAGGCCGGAAUAGUCUCAAGGAGUCAUCACCUGCGAUAUCGGAACUUGUGUCAUCGAUUUCGACGGACCACUCGCAGGUUCUGAACCCUUUUACGCGAGCAGAAGGGCACAACAAUGUGGUCCCAAACCGCCUUGGCGAGCAACUUCAGAAAAUGAAAGAUGCAGAUCCGGGUUGGGAGAGGAGAGAAAUGGAGAGACGUAAACAACUCCAGGUCUUCAAGCGGAAGCAAAAUCCAAUGUUCGGAAAGGGGCCAUCAGAUACACGAGACAUAAUCGUGAAUAUUUCAGGGAUGGCGGGCCGGGUCCGGUUCAAAGGUCAGAGAAGAGCGACUGACAACCAACCAGCGGCAACCCUUCGAAGGUCGCAGAGGAUAAAGGCACAGGACACCUCACUUUCCCGUCGUUUUCAUCAACCUGGAGAACAUGGAGAUGGACUUGCCCCCACCGCCGGGAGCCCCGGGUUGAAAAGGAAAGAAGGAAGGAUGUUUGGUCCCGAGAAUACGGGCCAAGGGAGGUCACUAUCUCCCAAUGGCGAAGGAAAUGAUGCAGAGAUGGAGCUCUAAAGUGACGCAAAUUUGAUCACAGGCCUAGUGGCCUGUUACCUACCCUUUUUUGCCUUUCCUGUUUGGCGGUCUAGCAAUCUUAUAUAGAUUAAGUGAUAAAGACAGGGGAUUAGAUAUUCCAUAACUCUUUGAAGCACGCCCUAUUAACAUCAUACCGUAUCCUUCAAGAAUGACUUAGGAAGGACAAGCAAG